ACUCGUGACUUGUUUUUCUUCGAUCCUCAAGGAGUCAUGACUCAUAAUCCACCCUCAUCAGCACCAAAAACCCUAUAAAAAUCCAAACCAGAGAAUCCAAAUUCCCAAAACUCCUCCAAGGUUCUCUCUCCUAAUUCGGGAGAAUUGUUAUUGCGGUUGAAUUGGAAUCUGAAACGGGGAGAAUUUAAUAAGAAUUGGAAUUGGGAGCGGAGUUGUGAAGCUUGAUGAAUACGUCGCAGUUCAUGGACAAGCAGAUCAUGGAUCUCUCUGCCGGAUCGCAGAGCAACGAUUUUAUCAAUCUCAUGAGCCCUGAAGAUGACCACUUGACUGGCGUCGGUGGUGGUGGCGGUGGCGGUGGCGGUGUGGGUUCUAAGAAGGAAGAGAUCGUGCCCAGCUACGAUUUUCAGCCAAUUCGUCCCAUGGGUUCUUCGCAGUUUUCGAAUCUUGAUGCUGUCGGUGGUGCAGGAGGACCUAGGGCUUGGAGCUCGACUGACUCCAAGACCAACACUCCUGGCAUUAGAAAUUAUGGUUCUCUCGACUCUAAUGAACUUUCAAAAAUCAGCCUUGAGAAAGAUCGAAAUAUUGAUGCAGCAAUUGUAUCUGAGAUUGAUCAAACAAUGAAAAAACAUGCUGAUAAUUUGCUACAUGCGUUGGAAGGUCUUAGUGCACGACUUACACAGCUGGAGAGCAGAACUCGGAACCUUGAGAAUUCUGUGGAUGAUUUGAAGGUAUCUGUUGGAAAUAAUCAUGGCAGUGCUGAUGGAAAAAUGAGGCAGCUGGAAAAUAUUCUUAGAGAGGUGCAAACUGGUGUACAGGUUUUAAGGGACAAACAAGAAAUAGUGGAGGCUCACCUACAGCUUGCAAAGCUUCAAGUGUCCAAAGCAGACCAGCAAUCGGAAACCCAGAACACUGUGACCUUAGAUUCUGCAAAGCAAGCAGCAUCUCCUCCUCAGCAAUCUCACCAACCACUUCCUCCACCUGUUACUCCUCAAACACUUCCUGCACUCCCUCCCCCUAAUGCUCCACCACCUCCUCCCCAACUCAAUAUGCAGUCUCCUCCAGCUCAGCUACCUAGUCAAUUCCCUCCGAACCAGAUUCCUUCCAUCCCACAGCGAGAGCCCUACUUUCAACCACCUGGUCAGGCACAAGAAGCUCCCAACCAGCAAUACCAACUACCACUGACCCAGCAACCACAGCCGCCUCCUGCAGCUCCAUCACAUCAACAAUAUCAACCAGCCUCUCUUCCACAAUAUUCUCAGCCACCCCAGCUGCCACAACAGCACCCGUCUAUUGCACCCAUUAAUCCUCCUCCUCAACACCAACCUCCAUUAGGUCAUCAUCCUGAAGAAACGUCUUAUGUUCCACCUCAGACCUACCCUCCAAGCCUUCGCCAGCCACCCUCUCAGCCACCCUCUCAGCCACUUUCUGGGGCACCUCCCUCUCAACAGUUCUAUGGGCCACCCUCGCACAUGUAUGAGGCCCCAUCUGGCAGAUCCAGUUCUGGCUUUUCUACUGGAUUUGUUCCUCCACCAUCUGGGCCUACUGAACCAUAUGCUUACAGUGGAUCACCCUCUCAAUAUGGUAGUAACAUGCCAAUGAAACCACAACAGUUCUCAUCUGGUGUCCAAGGUGGUGGAAGUGGUUACCCACAACUCCCAACUGCUCGGGUAUUACCACAUGCACUGCCUACGGCCUCUGGGCCUGUUGGUGGUUCUGGUCCUGGUUCUGGUUCAUCCGGAAGUGGAAAUAGGGUUCCUAUAGAUGAUGUGGUCGACAAAGUGACAAAUAUGGGGUUCCCAAGAGACCUUGUGAGAGCAACUGUUCGGAAGCUGACAGAAAAUGGCCAGUCAGUUGACCUGAAUGUGGUGCUGGAUAAACUGAUGAAUGAUGGGGAAGUCCAGCCCCCAAGAGGUUGGUUUGGUCGGUAAAAUUGCCAAAUUGGUAUUUAUGUACAGAAGAGGCGUCUAAACUAUUUGUUUCUGGAUCAUCCCUUUUCUGAGAGGAACCAAACCAUUUGCCUGGAGAUAUGAGUUAUGCUUUGCAGUUUUUAUUCUCUCUUUAUUUAUGACAUUGCGGAACUGUUAAUUCUUUCCUGUCUAGCUGUGGUUUGUGACUGCUGUCAUUUUCUCAUUUCUGUAUACUCACAAUAAUUAGAAAGCCUUAUAUCAAAGUGUUUUUGAGUUGUCCAA